UCAAAAUUCCAAACUACAAUACUAAAAUGGCCGCUAAUGGUCACAAUAUCUGUUUUUAACGAUAUAGUUUUUAUUUCCUUCUUAUUUUUAUUAAAGAAACUGAUAACUGUCUUAAGUAAUAAUCUUGUGAAUUAUAACUUUACUAUUUAAUUGUUAAAAUGGAGAAUGAAAAAGAUAUGGAUCGUAAAAAACACAAAAAACCAGAUGGAAGAUACGAUGACGAAUAUCGGAGGGAACGCAAAUCAAAAAGAACACGCACUAGAUCGCGGUCGCCACCUGAAAAGCGUGAGAAAGAUAAUCGGAAACGCAGAAGAUCUAAAUCAAGAUCACAAGAGCGACCAGUCAAACAGGAGAAGCAGGGAAAUGACGUGCCAAACGAACCUCAAAAAGAGCCACCUGCCAGAAAAGCGAAGGAGACGGACAUGCUUAACACCCGUACUGGAGGCGCCUACAUACCACCAGCCCGGCUACGCAUGAUGCAAGCUCAAAUCACUGAUAAAUCGUCGGUAGCGUACCAGAGACUUGCUUGGGAGGCACUCAAAAAGUCCAUACACGGUCACAUUAACAAAAUCAACGUAGGAAACAUUGGUAUAAUUAUAAAAGAGUUACUGAAAGAGAAUAUUGUGCGUGGUCGAGGUCUGCUGUGUCGGUCGGUUAUACAGGCACAAGCUGCUUCACCGACUUUCACUAAUGUGUAUGCUGCUUUAGUUGCGGCUGUCAACUCUCGCUUUCCCAAUAUUGGGGAACUUUUGCUCAAACGGUUAGUUAUACAAUUCAAAAGAGGUUUUAAGAGAAAUGACAAACCUACAUGUAUAUCAUCUGCCUCAUUUAUAGCUCACCUUGUGAAUCAGAGAGUGGCACAUGAGAUUCUUGCAUUGGAACUGCUGACUUUGCUGGUGGAGACACCCACUGAUGACUCUGUAGAGGUUGCUAUAGCAUUUUUGAAGGAGUGUGGUCAGAAACUCACUGAAGUGUCAUCAAAAGGUGUCAGCGCUAUAUUUGAGAUGUUGAGAAACAUUUUACAUGAGGGUCAGUUGGAUAAGAGGGUUCAGUACAUGAUAGAAGUGAUGUUUCAAGUGUGGAAAGAUGGGUUCAAAGAUCAUCCAGCUCUAAUUGAGGAGCUGGAAUUGGUGCCAGAAGAAGAGCAGUUCACACAUCUCUUGAUGUUAGACGAGGCUACAGACUCGCAGGAUAUUUUGAAUGUAUUCAAAUUUGAUGAUAAAUAUGAAGAAAAUGAACAGAAGUACAAAACAUUGAGCAAGGAAAUUUUGGGCUCUGAUGCUGAAUCCGGCGAAGAAGAUGGCUCUGAGGAGAGUGGCAGCGAAGAAUCAGAGGAAGAGGAGCAGCCAGAAGGCGAACAGAAAGGAGUCACCAUUAUAGACAAUACGGAAACCAACCUUGUGGCAUUGAGACGAACAAUUUAUUUGACCAUAAAUUCUAGUUUAGACUUUGAGGAAUGUGCCCACAAACUUCUUAAAAUGGAGCUGAAGCCAGGUCAAGAAGUGGAGCUGUGUCACAUGUUCCUGGACUGUUGUGCUGAACAGAGGACCUAUGAGAAAUUCUAUGGACUGCUGGCACAGAGGUUCUGCAAUAUCAACAGGAUGUACAUUGGUCCAUUUGAAGAGAUAUUCAAGGAUUCCUAUGCAACUGCACACAGAUUGGACACAAAUAGAUUGAGAAAUGUGAGCAAAUUCUUUGCUCACCUUCUUUUCACGGAUUCAAUCAGUUGGGAGGUUUUAGAAUGUGUAAAACUUAAUGAGGAGGACACAACCAGCUCUAGUCGUAUCUAUAUCAAGAUUUUAUUCCAAGAAUUAGCCGAGUACAUGGGAUUGAAGAAGUUAAAUGACCGUCUCAAAGAUCCGACUUUGCAGACCGCAUUUUCAAGCAUAUUUCCGAGGGACAAUCCAAAGAACACAAGGUUUUCUAUUAAUUUCUUCACAUCCAUUGGUUUGGGAGGUUUAACUGAUGAGUUGAGAGAACACUUGAAGCAAAUGCCAAAGAACGUGCCUGCUCCAAUAACAGAAAUCAACCUGGGUAGUGAGGAUUCCAGUUCAGAUUCCAGUUCAAGUUCUAGCAGCAGUAGUUCAGAUUCAUCAUCAAGUGAUAGUGAUUCAGAAGAAGAGGUCGUAGAAAAGAAAAAAAGCAAAAACAAGAAAAAAAGCAAAUCGCCGAAAACCCCUGAUGAUGACGAAUCUGAUAAAAAUAGAAACAAUGAUAGAUGGGGACACGAUGGGUUCUAUGAUACCUAUGGAAAAGAUGCGCGUAGAAAAGAGAACAGGCCAGAAGUUACUGAUAAAGAUGAUGCUAAUUUUAUAAGACCUCGGGAUGUGGCUCGACGAAAUGAAGAAAGAUAUAGAGAAAGAAGUUAUGAACACAGAAAUGUAGACAAAUAUAAAAAGAGAGAUGAAAGAAAUAACAGAGAAGAUUCAAGGAGGAAUCGUGAUGAAAGAGAUGAUAGAUGGAAAGACAAAGAUAGUAGUAGACAAGAUGGAUCUAGAAGCAGAGAUGAUGAGCGAUACAGAGAUCGCAGUCGGGAACACAUUGACGACUCCAAUUCACGAAGAUAUUCAGAAAGGGAAAGGAGUGAUAAGCGACAGACUGAAGAAGAGCCAAAGAGAAAACUCGUGAACAGCAAGAUGACAGGCGUCGUGAGAAGGAGGAUAAUAAACAUAGAAGUACACAUGACUAUAAUGACAGAGAUAGAAGAAACAGUGAUGAAGAGUCAAGAUCAAAAAGUCAUUCAAAAAGAAAAGAAAAUGAUGAGAAUGAUGAUAGGAAACGAGAAAAAGGAAGCAGAAGACAAGAUGAUAAAAAUAAAGAUCAUACAGACAAGGAAAGAAAUAGAUAUCAGUCAGAUAAAGAGGAUGCUUAUAGGAAAUUCAAACAAAGAAGUAGACAGAAGUGAUUCAGAUACUGAAUCAUAUGGAGAUAGAAGAAAGCGUAAUAAAGAUAAACGAAUAAAUAAAGAAGAGGAUCGAGACCAGAGAAGGAGAUACUGGGACAAUGAUGAUUCAUGGAGAUCAAGAAAAGACAAACCAAGAGAUGUUAGUCAACUAUCUACCUUGAGCAGUAGGUUAUUAAAACUAAACAUGCAAACAAUAUUAGACUCCAAAACAAAUACAAAAGGUAGUAAAGGUUCGAAUACAGCAAUAAAAGCUGCAUCAGCACCGAUAGUUCAUUUGAAACAUGAAGAGGUACCGGUAAAGCCCCAAAUAUCGGCACCUUCGUAUUUCCAUUCUUUGAAGGAGAAUGAUGCACCACCAUUUGUGAAACCAGAACAGGAACUUAGACCCAAGUUGUUAAUAGGUACCGUGAUGAGCGAGGUCGAAGCUGUCGAGAUGAUUAGCGCCGCCGACGCGGACAGAUAUAAAGGACUGCAGAAAUAUCUAGGUACUUUUUUAGUUAAAAAGAACAUAGUACCCAAUUAUAAUAUAUCUGAAACCAACUUUCUGAUAAGCUUUCUAAUGGAGACAAUAGACUACGCCGCGCAGCAUGACUUCAACGUAUCCAAACUUGCAUGUCUAAUUUCUAUUUACAUCAAGACACAUUUGUACUUCAAAAGCUAUUACUGGCUACCGCCGAUAGCUCUGUGGGACUACUUCAAAGAAACCAUGAUACGACAUACUGUUGAGGACCCUCCUGAUGGACAAGAAGUAUUUGAGCCAGAUGAAUGCUACGAUAUUUUAACACAUUUCCACACAAUAUAUCUGUCCAAUUUGCCGCUGAUACAUAUACUGACAUUUGGUGCAUACAGACUGAAGAUAACUUGGCCUUAUAAACCGAAAAUAAACUGAAUUAC